GCGGCGGGCCCCGCGCUGCUUUACGGCAGGCCGAGCGAGGGCCGCCUGAGGCGCGGGGGGAGUACGGCGGCAGCGGCGGCCUCCUCGGCCUCGGCCUCUCUCUGUCCCCGCUCCGGAGGUUGGCCGGAACGAGCCUUCUUCAGGCAGCUGAGCCAACUCUACCUUGGACAUGGGAAGAUGCCCCUGCAUGUGAAAUGGCCUUUCCCCUCGGUACCACCCCUAUCCUGGACUCUGGCCAGCAGUGUGGUCAUGGGGCUUGUGGGUACCUACAGCUGCUUCUGGACCAAGUACAUGAACCACCUUAAUGUGUACAACAAGGAAGUGCUAUACGAGCUGAUUGAGAAGCGAGAUCCUGACACGCCGCUUAUCACUGUCUCCAAUCACCAGUCCUGCAUGGAUGACCCACACCUCUGGGGGAUCCUGAAACUCCGCCACAUCUGGAACCUGAGGCUCAUGAGGUGGACCCCGGCAGCUGCAGAUAUCUGUUUCACCAAGGAGCUGCAUUCUCAUUUCUUCAGCUUGGGAAAGUGUGUCCCUGUAUGCCGAGGGGAUGGUGUCUACCAGAAAGGGAUGGACUUUAUCCUCGAGAAACUCAACAAUGGGGACUGGGUCCACAUUUUCCCUGAAGGAAAAGUGAACAUGAGCCAGGAAUUUCUUCGUUUUAAGUGGGGAAUAGGGCGCCUGAUUGCUGAGUGUCACCUCAACCCCAUCAUCCUUCCGCUCUGGCACAUUGGAAUGAAUGAUGUGCUUCCCAAUUCUCCGCCCUAUUUCCCCAGAUUUGGACAGAAAAUCACUGUGUUCAUUGGGAAGCCAUUCAGCGCCCUGCCUGUUCUUGAACGUCUCCGAGCUGAGAAUAAGUCAGCAGUGGAGAUGCGCAAGGCUCUGACAGACUUUAUCCAGGAUGAGUUUCAUAGCCUGAAGGCCCAGGCAGAAUCACUCCACAACCGCUUCCAACCCUUGAGGUAGCCUGGAGGCCCCCCAGCCCUGAGCUCCUCCCUGGGGAGGCUCCUGCCCCAACAGAGGCUCUCACCCUCCACACCAGCCUGCUGGGAUGGCCUGCUCCUUGUCUUCCUUCCAUGUUCUUCCAGGGGGAGGUCCCGUGCUCCUGCCUCCAGUGCUGAGACCGGCCCCUUCCUCCCCCAGGCCCACUCUCCUGGUGGCAGCUCAGGACAAUCAGCUAGGAGGUGUGGGUAAUGACUUUGGUUUGAUGCUUUUUAGAGCAUGGGUUUCACCGUGGAUCUUCCUUCUCCAAACUCCAAUGGGAGUUCCCUCCCUUCUGUUUUUCUAGGUAGAGCAGCAGCCCCUCUUACCAUGUGUGCCAAAACUCUUUCUGUGGUCUCUGGUGCAAAUCAUUGAAAUGGUGGCCUGGAAGGAGUGGGUCAAUUAUGAGGCCCACUGUGAUUGGGCGGGGCACAGGGAGCAGAGAGUGUCCUCUUCCCCCCCCCCCCCCCAUGCCUGGGCUCAGAAGCAGCUGCUUUGCUUUUGCUCUGAUGAGGGUGGCAGAUGAGAAACCUGCUCAAAGUUCUCAUUUCAACUGGAACAUUCUCAUGCUUAUGGGAGAGUUUAAGGCCAGGAACCCUCUUUGGAAUUUCUGUAUGUAGCCUGGAUGAGAUGAAGCUGGUCAAAUUAUUCCCUUUCUACUUUUUAUCUGAGACUCAACUUUGCAAAUGGUAGAGACUGGGGAGUGCUGGGAUAGGUAGGCAAGGGGUCAAGGGACCUCCAAAAGAUUUGGAGGUUCCUUAUCAGUCAUGCUGACUCUACGGGGAUUGCCUAGACAUCAAAUCAUGGAACAAUUUUGAAAUAGCAAAGUAUAUAUUCUCUCAUAUAGAAGCUCCCAAGAAACUUUCACUCUUCCCUCUUUCCCUGGAGGUUAAGGUUUGGUUGAGGCAAGGCAAGGGCAGGGAGAUGAUCUGUGGGUCUCAGUCCCAUUGGCUUCUAGGGAGAGCAGGAACCCAAGCUGCAUAUGGUGGGGCUGGAAGCUGAGCUGUGUUUCUCUUCAUCCCAGGGGGCACUUGAUGUAGUCUGGACUCAUCUGCCUUCCCACCCGAAGGUUGUGGUGACCUUUCUCUCUAUUUCCACUGUCUUCUCUUUUACACCUCUAUGGUUUUUAAUAGAUUUUUAACAAUAAAGUGUGUGCCAUGGUUCCA